AUGGCGCGCAUAUCAUUCAUCAUACUCCUACUGGGAGCCUUCAUUUCGCUAGCGGCAGCAUCCGCGCCGACCUUUUGCAAAUGCACAUGCUUCAAGAACAGCACCAUCAUUCCCCUCGGUCCCAAGGGCGAACGAUCCCCCUCCCAGCUGCGUCGCUCCGCAGUCCUCGAUUACGGCGACUUUACCCCCGCAAACGAUAUCCGUUCCGCCUCCGCGCUGGAGCCGCGCUCCAAGUCCAAGUCGUGUUCCGAGUGCACAAAGGCUUUCUGUCUCAAGCAGGGCAUCAGCUUUUGCAAGGGCGCUACAGAGGAGGACGUCACGACACUAUGCUUCCAGCGUGACAGCAACAAGGACAAGAUCAUUGUGUGGGGGUUCAUCAUCGGUACUGUCGGCUUGCUGGGCUGGGCUGCAUUCAAGAAGGUUGUU